CAGAAGCUAGCCUAUUACUCCAAAAUGCAGGAAGCCCCGGAGUGCACCGCCAGCCCCAGCAGCAGCGGCAGCGGCAGCUCCUCGUUUUCCAGCCAAACGGCGGCCAGCAUAAAAGAGGAGGAAGGUGGCGCGGAGAAAGAGCGCCCGCCCGCGGCCGAGUACCUCAGCUCGCGCUGCGUCCUCUUCACCUACUUCCAGGGAGACAUCAGCGCCGUGGUGGACGAGCAUUUCAGCCGGGCCCUGAGCCAGCCCAGCAGCUACACCCCUAGCUGCGUCAGCAGCAAGACCCCCAGGAGCUCCGGGCCCUGGAGAGCUCGGCGCUACUCGCUCUGUGGUGCACCCCUUCUGAGCUGAUCGCUGACCAGGUCCCCCUCCCCUCCCCUUCCGACCAGCCGUGGAGGCUCCGGGAAGGCAGAGGCUUCAAACUUCUCAGUGUACUGGGAAAACCAAAAACCACAUGUACAGAAAUGUCAUCCAGAAUUACUCUCUCCUGCCGAGAGAGCAGACCCAGAGACUCUGCGCUAUGUUUAAUGACUUUGGCCAAAUCGCUGGAAAUAUCUGCGGUGAAGUUGCUUAGUCGGGUGAUACGAUAAGAUUUCUUGGAAUGGGGGAAAGAAAAAGAGACCUUUCAGUGUGAAUAUUUUUUAUGCUGAUGUGAAUGAAGUAUUUCUUUACGUAGUGUGGCCACAGCACUCCUGAUGUCACUGUCCUCAGAUUCAAUGUCUGAAACCCAGACUGUGGUAGAGAAAUGCGAAGAAGCCACUUCCUUCUUCCUCAGGCUCGGCCUCCGGCUCCCUCCGCCUUCCCGCCGCACAACACCCACUCCAGACAGAAAGUGAGACUUUUUCCUCAGACUGCAGAUGCCUCAAUGUGAGUGGCAGGGGGCUGAUCUGGAGCCACCUGCCCAAGUCUUACUGAAAUGCAGCUGUUGUUGGACAACUGUUGUAAACUCCAGAAAUACAUCGACCAAGGUGGCACUUCCAGUGUGUGGCAGGACAAUUGCAGUUGCAGCAGAUAUAUUAUAUAUAUGUACAUAUAUCAUCUUUUUUAUAAGGGCACAUUUUACGAUGAAAGAAGAAACCCUGCUCUGCCUUCUCUCCCGCAGAUCCUGGCCCUCCUCUCUCCUCUGGAUGAGAAAUACAGGAGAGACCCAGCUGUCUUCCCAGAGAGGAACUAGGAAUCACCACAGGGGAGAGAGACACAUCCAUGGGGCCAGCAGCGCUUCCGUUAUUUCUCUCCGUCCUUACAGUUGUGAUUGGUCACUUCUGUGUUGGGACAGGGGAAGGGGUCUGGGUAUGGGCAAAGCUGAAGGUGAUGAGGAAGAUGAGACAAACAUUAAAGAUGUGUAUUUGCUAUGA